UAUUUUAUAAGUUGGCUUAUAUUACAUAUUUUCUCUUUCUUGCUUAGCAUCAUUCUUUGUCGUGUUCCUUCAAUUAACCUUACUUUGUGUCUUGUGUCUCUCACGACACAAAAACUUGUAGAAGGGUUUUAAAACCAAGAUCUAGAAAAUAUAUCUCCUCUUCUAGAAUUGCUCAUCUUCUCUUGAUCUAAAAGAUCACUUAUAUUUUCACAGGGCUUCACUUUUGGAAUAUAUAAUAUCAGAUAUUACCUCUUUAGGGUUUUAAUGGCGAAUCCAUGGUGGACAGGACAAGUGAACCUCUCUGGCCUCGAAACGACGCCGCCUAGUUCAUCUCAGUUAAAGAAACCAGAUCUCCACAUCUCCAUGAACAUGGCCAUGGACUCGGGUCAUAACAACCACCAUCAUCAUCACCAAGAAGACACCAACAACAACAACAACAACGAGGACGAUAGAGACAACUUGAGCGGCGACGACCACGAGCCACGUGAAGGAGCCGUGGAAGCACCCACACGCCGUCCACGUGGACGUCCAGCUGGUUCCAAGAACAAACCAAAGCCACCGAUCUUCGUCACGCGCGAUUCCCCAAACGCUCUCAAGAGCCAUGUCAUGGAGAUCGCUAGUGGGACUGACGUCAUCGAAACCCUAGCUACUUUCGCUAGGCGGCGCCAACGUGGCAUAUGCAUCUUGAGCGGUAACGGCACGGUGGCUAACGUUACACUCCGACAACCCUCAGCAGCUACCGUUGCAGGGCCCCCUGGUGGUGCUGCUGUUUUGGCGUUACAAGGGAGGUUUGAGAUUCUUUCUUUAACCGGUUCUUUCUUGCCUGGACCGGCUCCACCUGGAUCCACCGGUUUAACGAUUUACUUAGCCGGUGGUCAAGGUCAGAUUGUUGGAGGAAGCGUGGUGGGACCAUUGAUGGCAGCUGGUCCGGUGAUGCUAAUUGCUGCCACGUUUUCUAAUGCGACUUAUGAGAGAUUGCCUUUGGAUGAGGAAGACGCGGCUGAGGGAGGCGGCGGAGUGGUUCCAGGGCAGCUUGGGGGCGUAGGUUCCCCGCUGAGUAGCGGUGGCGGUCGAGGGGAUGGAAACCAAGGACUUCCGGUGUACAAUAUGCCGGAAAAUCUUGUUUCUAGUGGCGGUGGAAGUGGAGGAGGAGGGCAGAUGAGCGGUCAAGAAGGUUACGGUUGGGCUCAAGCUAGGUCAGGAUUUUAACGUCUUUUUUAUUUAAAAAGUUAACAAUAAGAAUGAUGAUGAUGUUUAUUAUGAUAAUGAUGAUCAAAGCUAGUCAGUUGCUAAUAGUGAGAAAUGUAGUGUGUGCGUACAUUAUAUUAUGCUCUCUCUUGACUACGAUUAUUAUUUGCUAAAUUUCACCUGUGUGUUUCUGAUCUUUUAUUAAAAAAUUUCUUUUCUCUUCGUCA